AUGACAGAGAUAUAUACACUUCCUCCACUACCCUAUGCUUAUGAUGCACUGGAACCGUAUAUCUCUUCUCAAAUUAUGGAGCUUCACCACUCCAAGCAUCAUGCCACAUACAUUGCAAAUUUAAACAAGGCUUUAUCAUCUCCGAAAGCUUCGAAUACUCAAUCCCUAGUCCACUUCAAUGGUGGAGGACACAUCAAUCACUCCAUCUUUUGGAAUAACCUCACCCCUGCGUCGUCCGAAGAUGCAAAGCAAUCUGCUGCCCCAUUUCUGACUCAAGCAAUUGAGAGGGGAUUCGGUUCCUUUUCUGACUUCAAGACUAAAUUCAAUGCCGCUCUUUUGGGUAUCCAAGGUAGCGGGUGGGGGUGGCUCAUUGUGAAGGACGGGAAAUUGGAUAUCAUCACAACGAAGGAUCAGGAUACGGUUCCUGAGGAAACAACUGCUAUUUUUGGAGUUGAUAUGUGGGAACAUGCCUAUUAUCUCCAGUAUCUGAAUGGUAAAGCGGCCUACGUAGAGAACAUUUGGAAUAUCAUCAACUGGGGGUAUGCGGAGCGGAGGUUUACCGGCCACGCGGAUGGCGAAUUCAGGGAACUUAAGGCCAUGCUGUAG